CAUUGUAGUGAUUUCUGUCGCCUCAGAGCAGAAGCACCGUGUGUGGGGAUGCGCUGACAGCUACUGUAUUAUUUCCGUCACAAAAAACAAGUCAGAACCGACCGUGGCGACGUUGUUGAUCCGCGUGCAGCGAGCAGAUCCGUGCGCUCUUUGCAUCCUGUUCCGUUUGAUGAGCGCAGCCCCCGUUAUCAACCUGCGGGGGGCCCGAGUGAGGCAGCAGCCGGCUUUUAUGAAUGGGAUGCUUGGUUUCCAAGCUGACUGGAGGUGAGGAGAAUUAGAAUUUUUCAACCGGAUUCUGGCAGAGUGCGUGCUUUCUCUGUGGCCAAAACCCCUCCAACGUGUAAAAUACAACGCCCAGGCCGCCACAAUGCCCAUCUUAAAACAGCUGGUGUCGUCCUCCCAGACGAAGCGCCGCUCCCGAUUGGACCUGACGAGGGAGAUGAUCAGCGCUCCCCUAGGUGACUUCCGCCACACCAUGCACGUGGGCCGCAGCGGAGACGCGUUUGGGGACACGUCAUUUCUCAGCACGCGCUCAGGAGAGCCUUCCCCGGAGACCACAUCAUUCCCACGCUCUCCGCGGCCCGGCCUCCUGUCUCGCACCUUCAGGAGCAGCAAGCGCUCCCAGUCGGUGACCAGAGUGGACCAGCAGAGGGACAACAGCCCCGUGGCCCCGGGGGGCUCGCCCAAAUUUGUUAAGAACGCCAUGUCUCUGCCUUUUCUCAACAAUGAAGACCGAGGGGACGGCAUGGUGGCAAAGAGUUUAUCUUCAAGUCCCUUUAAGCAGUUUGAGGAGCUGGACGGAGGAGCGUCUGCCGCCAUGCACUUCCUCGAGUUGCAGGAAAAAAACUUUGGAGAACUGACGGAGCUGCCGGAUAACGGCGUUCGCUGCGGAGGCGGAAUGAAACACGCCGAGUCCGUCAUGUCGUUUCACGUCGACCUGGGACCGUCCAUGUUGAACGACAUCCUAGGGGUGAUGGAAAAGGAGGAUGACGACCUCGGCUACGAGGAGGGCAAGAGCAGCGAGGGCCGUGCGUCGCCGCCCAUCAGCACCCACGAUGAGAAGGAGGAUGGCGAGGAGACGGGAAAACAGGACGGUGGGGAUGAGGAGAUGCAGAUGGACAAAGAUGCGGCGGAGCUGCAGCAGCAGACCUCCACGCAUCCAGCCGGCUCCAUCGAUCUGAGGUCGGACGAUGGGGGGCCGUACACCCCCGAGUACACUCCCGAGAUCCGACCCAAGCACCUGCAGCACCUAGACAGCUGCUCCAUGUCGAGCUCGGGCUCCGCUGCGCUGGACGAGAAACCCAACAGCCAGAACUACGCAGGAGACACGGACAGCGCCACGUUCAGUGCACCGCCAGAGGAGGAGAGCAACUUCUCCUCUUUUUUGGAAGAUGACGAUGACGAAGAGAUCCAUGUAUGAAAGGUCCAGAGUUGCCUGGAAAAAGAAAUGUUAAUAACCAUGCUGCGAAAGUGAUUUAUGCAAAGUUGGCAAGUCCUUUUGACUGUGUGGAUUUUUACUUGAACGGGAAGUAAUCAGGUACUUUGGAAGUGGGAGUGGAGGAAAUGGAGUACAUUUAUUUGGUCAGGUGACCACUCCCUCUAGAUGUUCCCGAUGCCAUCCACCCGAGCGCCUUACCCUCAACUUUGUCGGCCUUCUCUCCCUUUUGAACACUAAUGUAACUAACGUGGAUGAAAAUACACUUCCUGAUUCUGGAACAUUCCUGAAAGAGCAGAGGGUGCUGGUUGAGAAGGAACUUUGGUCGGAAAAAACACUUUCCAAAGCUAAACCCCAGUCCAGCCUGUCUCUUCUUGCUCCAAACUUCACGUGUCACGUGUGCUGUUUUCAUGUGCUUUGCCUCCUUUUCUUUUCUCCUCUCUCUCUCUCUCUCUCUCUCUGUCUGGCUGUGGGGCAGCAUGCGGCCCGAACCGAACAGAACGCCUCUGUCACAGCAGGAUCACUGGUGGGUAACUUGUCACAAUAGAGGGAGCUGUGUUUGUCACUGGAGUGCGAGGCGCCGCAUCACGCCUCUUUCAUCAGAAAAUAUUAUCGCAGUGCCACAGAUCUAUCAGACUUUUCUCCCUUAUGUAACUCAGGGUCCCUGUGACGCCGCUCGGAGGCUGCCAUCUCCCGCUUUAGAGCAGGGCGACAAAAACCCAAACCAAAAUUUUCUUCUGUUAAUAAUUCAGUGACUGCCACACAAGCUUAGACUCAGUGGUUUAGGGAGAAGCAGCGCUGUAAAGCUAAUGAAGAUUCAUUGCGUUAACUGUAAAGAAUGCUGUUGCUACAGGAAACCAGGCUUGUAUGCGGCUCAUUAUUACUUUCUUUUAAAUCUCUUUGGUAAUGAUUUUUUUUUUUUUUUUUUAAUGCAUCCCUUCAACUCUGACUUCCUCCUGCUCAUCCGUCACUCGGAGUUGAAACUGAAAUAUGUUUGACAACCACUUCCUUCCUUCCUUUUUUUUUCUUUCUCUUUCUUUUAAAUACAGCCGAGCAACUGCAGUGGUGCAACUGAACCGUAAAAAAAUGAUACUCAUUAGUCGAGAUGUAAAAGCGGUUAAAAGCACCACUCAUGAGUGGUGCUUUAAGGUAUGUAUAGUUGAAAAUAAAGUGCACCAGCAGGGAUGGGGAAAUCAGACACACUAGUAUUUGUUGUUUAAUACCUUUUUUCCCUUUUCUUUUUUUUUUUUUUUUUAAAUCUGCCACAUUUGUGUCACUUCUGUUUGAAGAGUGGAUGAAAAAGAAGACAUAGCCAGCAAUAGAUGCAAGAGCACUGAAGAAGGGGAAAAAAAAGAUUGCUGUUUUUGUCGCAAGUUGCAAGUCAUUGCAGCUCGACUCUGCCUCUUGCAUCAUUAAAGGCACGAGGCUUAGGCGUAGUUGCGCUGAUUGAUUUCACUGCCUUAACUGAGACUGACAGAUGUGCCAAAUCACAAUUUUCCAUCCAAAAAUAAUUUCAUUUGGGGGAAAGAAAGGAAAGAAAAAAAAACUACUUUUUUUUUCUGGGAGAGCCUGUCAAAUGUGUUUUCUUUUACGCCACUGUGUAGCGAAUUGUUGAUGAAUACACGUUGAGAUUUGCAGGUUAAAAGGAUACAAAUAAAACUGUGCUCUAAGGUGUAAUAUCCUGUAGGAAAAAGAGGUAAUUAAACUGUUUCCAUUACUGGACAUGUAACACUGACACACUACAGAAAAAAAAAAAAAAAAAAAAAAAGUAUUCAGGUAAUUUCUAAUGGUUUAUUUUGUGCGAAUGGGAAGUCGUGCUCUCUGUAGUAUUUGCUAUGCCUUACUGUCGUCCUCUUUGUUUAAUUCCAGCCUUUACUUCUGUAUUAUUCAAAAUAACCUAUAUUUUUCAAUAAAAGAUAACUG